CGGAGAGUCCUUCCUUCUGUUCUCUUCUGGAGUACAAAGCUGCUUCAGUCUUUGUUAUGGGACCCAAUUGAGUCGCCUGCCCUGUGGUUGUUUUGCUUCACUGGAACUGACCCGCAAAGUUUAAGAAGGACUUUUUACAGCCCUUUCCGGAAAAUGACUGAGUCUUUCCUCGCGGGUCACAUUCUCUGAAGGACAAGCUCUCCGCUGAAGGUCCAGACAUGGCAAACGCUUUGGAGGAGAGAGAGCUGGGCACCAACGCCACCAGCCUUGGACCGGACAAUGCCUGCUGCCGUGAGAAUGCUACGGCGCUCAACCUCACCUCCCAGGAGUUCCAGUCCCCAGAUUUCUACGUGGUCCUCCCGAUUAUCUACUCAGUUAUCUGUGCGGUGGGUCUGACGGGGAAUACGGCGGUCAUCUACGUGAUCCUGAAGGCCCCCAAAAUGAAGACGGUCACCAACAUGUUCAUCCUGAACUUAGCCAUCGCCGACGACCUCUUCACCUUGGUCUUGCCCAUCAACAUCGCCGAACAUCUGCUGCACUACUGGCCCUUCGGCGAGGCCCUCUGCAAGGUCAUCCUCUCCAUCGACCACUACAACAUCUUCUCCAGCAUUUAUUUCCUGACCGUCAUGAGCAUCGACCGGUACUUGGUGGUGCUGUCCACUGUCCGGUCGAAGAGGAUGCCGUACCGUACCUACCGGGCGGCCCGUCUCAUCAGCAUCUGCGUCUGGGUGCUGGUCACCCUGAUCGUCUUUCCGUUCUUCAUCUUUGCCAACGUCUACAAGGAUGACUUGAACAUCACCAGUUGCGGGCUCAACUUCCCCAAGCCGGAAAGGUCCUGGUUCAAAGCCAGCAGGAUCUACACGCUCUUGUUGGGCUUCGCCAUUCCGGUGUCCACCAUCUGUGUCCUUUACGCCAUGAUGUUGUACAAUCUGCGGAACAUGAGCUUGAACUCCAACGCCAAAGCUUUGGACAAAGCGAAAAAGAAAGUCACCAUUAUGGUCUUCGUCGUGUUGGCGGUGUGCCUCUUCUGCUGGACGCCCUUCCACCUGGCCACCAUCGUGGCUUUGACCACCGACUUGCCCCAGACCCCCGCAGUCAUCGGCAUCUCCUAUUUCAUCACCAGCCUGAGCUAUGCCAAUUCGUGCUUGAAUCCUUUCCUGUAUGCCUUCCUGGACGAUAGCUUUCAGAAAAGUUUUCGCAAGUUGUUAGAGUGCAGAGCGGCAUGACGCAAAUCCUCCGAUUCCUGACCAAUGUUGGGCUUAGUCCAGUGGUGGGAUUCAGCCGGUUCGCAC